AUGCCGUUCAUCUUCCCCAGGCGGCAUCGCCACUACAAGCUCACGCUCUGGCUGAUGGUCGUAGAGCUUCCGGUCACAGUCGCCAUCUUGACGCUGACGGGUAUCGCUUCGCACAAUCUAUAUCGGACACUGCUGUGGCAGGAUGGCGCCGAUAAUGGGUUCAACAGUGCGCCCAACGCAGCGCUGUACGCCGCUGCUAAUUAUCGACCGUAUACAACUCCCAUGGUCUGGUCAACUUUCCUGGACAAGUUCAAUCUGAUCAUCGGAGUGGUCAGCACCUUCUUGCUGAUCGUCAAAUUUCCGGUGCACUGUCUACAUCUAUUUUUCCCCCCAAUCGGUGCCUUCAUUCACGGUGGCAUCAUGAUUCUUUACAUUAUCUCUGCUCGCUUCCAGGCGAGUAGUGAUACCUCCGAUCCCAAGCAUCCUCAGCCCGGAGCGCCAUGGUAUAUCGCCAAGAAUUGCGAUGUAGCAGCCCACAAGUCCAACAUUCACUACUGCCAGCAGGCAAAGAGCCUUUUCGCGGUCACAAUCAUCAUCAUUGUGCUCUACUUCAUCGAAUUCGCCGUCAUCGUCCACUCAUGCUUCGUCACCAAAGCCGAGCGGGACGAGAUUCUCGAGCAAAGAGAAGAGAAGCGCAUCGAGAAAGAAUUCGAGGAAGAAAUUAUGAAGUCCCCAAGAAUGAUCCCCAUGACCCCCGCCUUCUUCGGCCAGGAUCACCCGGGAAUGAUCCCGCGAACACCAGGAUACCCUCCUGCGGCCGCUGCCAUGCCCGUCAGCCACGGCGAGGGCCUGUAUUCGCCUUUCAUUCAUCGACCGGAGAAUAGUCGUACACCGGGCUUUAACCGUCUGGGGAGUGGCAGUAUUUGUUCCGAUCUUCCACUGCGCGAUCAUUCGAAUCUGUCGACGCCACAGGGGCCGCCUGAGAUGCCUCAGGGCGCCGAGGGGCAGAAUGGACAGGCGCAGGGCACAUCGAUGUAUUUCCCGCCGCCGCCCAAGAAGGCGUCGAACAAGUGA